UGCCUAUUGACAGUUUACUAUUGUCAAUGGUAAACUGUGAGACAAACACACACAAAAUGAGGGUUCUUGUGGAGAAGCUGCUACUCUCGUUGUUUUUGGUAGCAUUCUAUCAAGGGUGCAUGGUCUUGUCUGUAGAAUAUGAUCACACGGCAAGCAUCGAGUGCCUUGGCGACCCAAUGAAACCCUUGUACAAGGGCGGCAUUGUCCAGAACAGCGAGUUCAACAGCGGACUGAUGGGGUGGUCGACGUACCGGAACAUGAAGGCUGGCGUGAGCAGCUCGGCGUCCGGCAACAAGUUUGCAGUGGUGCAUGGGGCGGGAAGCUCCGCCGUGGCCAGCAGUGGCAAGCUCCUACCGUCCCACAGCGUCUACCAGAGAGUCCAGAUGCAGGGCGACAGGCACUACUCGCUAUCAGCAUGGUUACAGGUGUCGUCGUCGAAUGGCACGACGUCGUCGGCCCAUGUGAGGGCGAUCAUCAAGUCCCCUAACGGCGAGCGCGUCAUCGCUGGUGCCAUCGAUGCCAAGUCCGGCUGCUGGAGCAUGCUCAAGGGAGGCAUGACCUCUGACUCUUCGGGACACGCAGAGAUCUACUUCGAGAGCCACGCAGCUGUGGACAUCUGGGUGGACAGCGUGUCACUGCAGCCCUUCACCUUCGACGAGUGGGACGCCCACGCCCGGCGCUCCGCCGCCAAGUCCCGUCGGCGAACCGUGAAGGUGGUGGUCGCCAUGGGCGCCGCCGACGGCAAGCCGAUCGCGCACGCCAACGUGAGCAUCGAGCUCCUCCGCAUGGGUUUCCCGUUCGGCAACGCGGCCACCAAGGAGAUCACCGAGCUCCCCGCGUACGAGAAGUGGUUCACCUCGCGCUUCACCGUGGCCACCUUCGAGAACGAGAUGAAGUGGUACAGCACGGAGUGGACGCAGAACCACGAGGACUACGGCGUCGCCGACAAGAUGCUGAGCCUGAUGCAGCGGCACGGCAUCAAGGUCCGCGGCCACAACGUGUUCUGGGACGACCAGAACUCGCAGAUGAAGUGGGUGAUGCCGCUCAGCCUUGCCCAGCUCAAGGCGGCCAUCCAGAAGCGCCUCAAGUCCGUCGUCUCCCGCUACGCCGGCAAGGUGAUCCACUGGGACGUCGUCAACGAGAACCUCCACUUCAACUUCUUCGAGACCAAGCUAGGCCCCGGCGCGUCGGCGCAGAUCUUCCAGCAGGUGGGGCAGCUGGACCGCAACCCGAUCCUCUUCAUGAACGAGUUCAACACGCUGGAGCAGCCCGGCGACCCCAACCCAACGCCGGCCAAGUACGUGGCGAAGAUGACACAGAUCCGGAGCUACCCCGGCAAUGGCGGACUGAAGCUCGGCGUCGGACUGGAGAGCCACUUCAGCACGCCGAACAUCCCGUACAUGAGGAGCUCGCUGGACACGCUGGCGAAGCUCAAGCUGCCGAUGUGGCUCACCGAGGUGGAUGUCGUCAAGGGACCCAACCAGGUGAAGAACCUGGAGCAGGUGCUCAGGGAAGGGUACGGACACCCCGGCGUCAAUGGCAUCGUCAUGUGGGCGGCGUGGCACGCCAAGGGCUGCUACGUCAUGUGCCUCACGGACAACAGCUUCAAGAACCUCCCCGUCGGCGACGUCGUCGACAAGCUCAUCGCGGAGUGGAAGACGCACCGCGCGUCCGCCACCACCGACCGCGAUGGGGCGGUGGAGCUCGAUCUGCCCCUAGGCGAGUAUAAGUUCACCGUAAGACACCCGUCGCUGAAAGCUGCUGCGGUUCAAACCGUGACCGUCGACGACACUUCGUCGUCGGCGUCGGAGUUCACCAUCAACGUCAAGUCCUAGGAGCCAUGCAUGCUACUAUACGCGCAGUACGUCUGGAGGAGAUUUAAUUAGUUAUUAAUUAGUUCUUUAUUUCUUUCUUUCUGGUGAAUAAACAGAUGAGAGAGAGGGAGCUAGAGAGGAAGGAAAGGAGACGUGGCAUAUGCAGUGUGGCCACAUUAUUAGUAAAUUUCUUGCUCGGCGAUUUUUGUAAGCUACUAUAUAUGCCACAUUACUAGUACAGAAAAGAUUUUUUGGGCAGUCAAAAUUGGUCUUCAGAGCAGGUAUGAAAAACUGCUACCAUGUCAUGGAUUGUAAAGAUAUAGUGUUUACAGCGUUAGGCAUUCAACCGUCCUUGAAAAAAA